GUUAAAGGCAGGCGGAGCAUAUGUGAUUUUCCCCGUUCCGAGGCAUCCGGGCUCGUCCACUGGCAAUCCUCCGCCUUUUUCCACUUUCUUCGCUCGCUCUGUCUCUCUCCCUUCUCGCUGUUGGCUGUCUCGUGGCUUCUCUCUCUCACAUGCCAUUGCCGUCUCGCCAAUUCCUUCCGAUCUUUCCUUUGUUGUUUUCAUCGUAGUACUGUAGAUUUGAUUCCUCUGUUCCUCAAGCAACCAGCCAUCUGCUGUUCGCUCAACUCUAGAAACAGGGUUUGUAAUUGGUGCGGGGUGGAUUUGAGGGUCAGGUCUUCAGAGUUUGAGGUUGGAGUGGAAGGGUAAGGAAAAGCUGCGUGGUGGCAACGGGCGGAUAUCAGAAUCAGAGGGAGCUUACCUGUGUAUGGCGUGGACUGUGGUCCUUUGAGCGGAGCAGGCGCCACCUUGCUCAGAAGACACUAAGAACCGCUUGCGGGCAAGCGUGCUAUUUUGCAAGUCUUGAAGCAGUUCUACUUCAACGACUCUCCUGUGGUGUUAGGACGUGGAGGGUCCGCGACACUUCAUCUCAAUUGAUCUGCAUGUUCCAUGCUUAGAAGUACGACAGACUCAGUUUCAAGACCUUAAGGUCUUAUUGUACUGAAGUAACUGCGCCCAAGUAAUGUAAUGAGCUUCUCAUGUUCGAAGUGUUGAGAGAUAUUGUUGAAUUCUUGUCUCCAACUUGCGGCCACCUAUUUUGAGCUAAUAUUUCUUCUCUACAUCACAAUUGUAGUCUACCUGUGCUUUUAGUCAAGGCUGAGCAUAACCAUAUUGGAGAAUGCUGCCAAUCCUGCUUUCUCUUGUCUUGAGAAAGCUCCAAACCAGUGCUGUAACCUCAGCUAGAAGCUAAGACAAGCCUUGUAGUUUUUAUACGUGGAUUGGUACUGAAGACGACUAACUUCAGGUACGUGGAAGGAUUUAAUUGAGUUUCUCCCGUCGUAAAACCCGGAGACUGUUUCGGCCUCUUCAGAGUAGCGGGAUCGUCAUAGAUCGAAAUUAGUCUUAGGCACUGUGGCCUCCCUGCUCUUUGUUUUCACUUGUCUCAGAUUCAGGCACUAGUCCGUGUAGUGAUAAUUUACUUGAACAAGUCGGAAGAAGUUUCACGGAUCCAGUCGAAGCGAAUUCCGGAGGAGUUGUAGUUGGCAGUCAGAUAUAGCUCCUCAGAGCUGAAAGCAAAAGCAAAAGAAAAAACAGAAAAGAAAAAGAAAAAGAAAUCACACCAACAACAAAAAGAAAUGUACAAGUCUUAGCUUUUAUGAACCUGCGUGGCGCAGAAACACGAGGCUCCCUCUACUGGCAUUGUUUUCUAACAGCUAUUUGAACCAGGAUAGUUAAACGUCUACACCAAUCUUCCCACUCAACGAAAAAAGGAUUGUCGUCUGGUUCCAGUGCGGCUACUGCAAGGAGUUUGGUACUCAAUCUUUGGCCGCCAACCUCAGCGAUAAGGGUGUAACUACUACAUAACUGAUGCGGAGUCUCUAUGGACUUAUUGGAGGAAGCGAAGUUGAGGGGCUGAUAUGUGUCGUGAGUGCUAGAGGUGGAGGGGAGCCACGCUAUGGAAUCUCUGGUUUCCCAUAAAAUAGAUUACACGCCGAUGCCAAUCACUGCUACCUUCGCUGGCCUUCAUGAGUUCAGUAAGUUGAAGCUAUUGAGUAGCACUGGAAACGGGGUCACCACUAUGGACGAACCAUUGCUGUUAGAAGCGCCAAGUGUAAAAGCCAAGGCCAAGGUCAUUAGAUACAGAGAAUGUAACAGAAACCAUGCCAUUACAACUGGUGGAUACGUUGUGGAUGGCUGCGGUGAAUUCAUGCCUGGUGGGGAGGAAGGCACGGUUGCAGCCCUCAGAUGCGCAGCUUGUGACUGUCACAGGAAUUUCCACAGGAAAGAAACUGAAGGAGAGACUAGCUGCGAUUGCAAAUACAUCAAUCGGAAUGAUCCAAGGAAGCGAGGGAUGAUGGUUCCAGGUGCACCGUCUCAGCCUGGUGGUCCUCAGCAGUUAGCGCUUCUUUCCCCAGCGCCGAUCAUGGGCCGGGUCACACCCGCGCCUUACAUGCUAGCCCAUGGACUAGUUGACUCGGACGAUGGCGAUGGUGGCUUGAGCGGAUCGCCGUCCACCAUGAAGAAGAGAUUCAGAACAAAGUUCACUAAUGAACAGAAGGAGAAAAUGGGUGUAUUUGCAGAAAAGUUAGGCUGGAAGAUUCAGAAGCACGACGAGGCAGCCGUGCAAGAGUUUUGUGCUGAAGUGGGUGUAAAGCGCCAUGUUCUGAAGGUGUGGAUGCACAACAACAAGAACACCAUCGGAAAGAAACCUGCAUGAAUCCUGUUAAUUUUAUUUAACAACCAGGCUUAUUGUUUACUUCUGCUUCUUCUCAGUACCUGGUCCACUAUUCAAUGCAAGGCCGCCAAUGUCGAAUAACCGGGAAAUCAGCUACACUAGAGGAGGCAGCUUGACACUUGUACGCUGAUCUACCAAAUAAGGUUUUGUACCUGAUUUUUUAGUUCAAUUAGAUCAACAUCGUAGAAUGGGUGAAGCGUAGCUCUCAACAAGAAAGCGAGGCGUGUGAAGCAGUGGGAAACAAUAUGACGCUAAGGAAAUGUUAGAAGCCUCUCCACGAGUUGGUCAAUUGUACAGCUUUCAGGUACUACUACUCUUUCUGUAUAGUACAGUGACGGUGUUCAAUGCGAGAGUACAAAAAGAAAGUGGAGGGAAUGGAACGAUUGUAGCCUGAACGAGAGAUUGGUAUCCCUAGCUCCUAAAUUUAUUUUCAUAACCGCAGGACUUCCUCUCUCUAUUUGGACAGAUAAGCUCCUUGCCGCUAAUGUACCGAGUCUGGAAGUCUAUGGUAUUAAUGCAUUUCAUUUUUCUUUUUAAA